AAAUGGGUAGAAAAGAUGCAGAAAGAUUACUUCUGAAUCCUGGGAAUCAGCGAGGUAUUUUCUUAGUAAGAGAAAGUGAAACUACUAAAGGUGCUUAUUCCCUCUCAAUUCGUGAUUGGGAUGAAAUAAGGGGUGACAAUGUGAAACAUUACAAAAUCAGAAAACUUGACAAUGGUGGAUACCACAUCAGGACCAGAGCUCAGUUUGAUACGCUGCAGAAACUGGUGAAGCAUUACACAGAACAUGCUGAUGGACUAUGCCACAAGUUAACAACUCUGUGUCCUACUGUGAAACCCCAGACUCAAGGUCUAGCAAAAGAUGCUUGGGAAAUCCCUGGAGAAUCAUUGCGACUAUAGGUGAAACUAGGUCAAGGAUGUUUUGGCGAAGUGUGGAUGGGAACAUGGAAUGGAACUACAAAAGUAGCAAUCAAAACACUAAAGACAGGUACAAUGAUGCCAGAAGCAUUCCUUCAAGAAGCUCAGAUAAUGAAAAAGCUAAGACACGAUAAACUUGUUCCACUCUAUGCAGUUGUUUCUGAAGAGCCAAUUUAUAUUGUCACCUAGUUUAUGUCAAAAGGGAGCUUGUUAGAUUUCCUUAAAGAAGGAGAUGGAAAGUAUUUGAAGCUUCCACAGCUGGUUGAUAUGGCUGCUCAGAUUGCUGAUGGCAUGGCAUAUACUGAAAGAAUGAACUAUAUUCACCGAGAUCUCCGAGCUGCUAAUAUUCUUGUAGGAGAAAAUCUUGUAUGCAAAAUAGCAGAUUUUGACUUUGCAAGAUUAAUUGAAGACAAUGAAUACACAGCAAGACAAGGUGCAAAAUUUCCAAUCAAGUGGACAGCUCCUGAGGCUGCUCUGUAUGGUCGAUUUACAAUAAAGUCAGAUGUGUGGUCAUUUNGAAUUCUACAGACAGAGCUGGUAACAAAAGGAAGAGUGCCAUAUCCAGGUAUGGUAAACCGUGAAGUACUGGAACAAGUAGAGCGGGGAUACAGAAUGCCUUGCCCCCAGGGCUGUCCCGAAUCCCUCCAUGAAUUGAUCAAUCCUUGCUGGAAGAAGGAUCCUGAUGAAAGACCAACAUCUGAAUAUAUUCAGUCCUUCUUGGAAGACUACUUCACUGCUACAGAGCCGCAGUACCAACCAGGAGAAAAUUUAUAA